GCGGCGGAGCCGGAGCCGGCGCGGGCGCCCGGGGCGCAGGGGCUGAGGAACCACGGCAACACGUGCUUCAUGAACGCCGUGGUGCAGUGCCUGAGCAACACCGACCUGCUGGCCGAGUUCCUGGCGCUGGGGCCGCUCCGCGCCCGCGGCGAGGUCACGCGGCAGCUGGCGGCGCUGGUGCGGGCGCUCUGGACGCUGGACUAUACGCCGCAGCUCUCCGUGCAGUUUAAGGUUUCCUCACAUCUCGCGAACCCUAGACUGAGCAGUGCUGAUCCUUGCACAGCAGAAGGACACAAGCCAAACUUUUCAGGACCCAGUUCUUGCCUAG